AUGCCUCGCUGCAUGUUUUGCCGCGCUUUUACUAUCAGCCAGGAUCAUUACUACCUGGAAUUCCACCCAAACCUCGCGUCGCUCAAAAGGAGCGCCGACGAUGGCUGCGAUUUCUGUCAUCUUUGCUGGACAGACUUCCGACGAGAGUGGACCGAUUCUCAGAUCGAAUCUGUCCUUGGAGGUGAAGUUCCAGAAGGCGUGACCAAAUUUGAACCAGGUAUCUGGAUUUACAUCCAUUUCACGGACAACGGUCCUAUUUCAAGACAGCCGCGAAUCAUUGUGUCAUGCGGGAGAUAUAACCCCAUCACUUCUGUGAGGGAAAGUAGUCAUGGCCUCGACUACAUCAACCUAGCCGUCUAUGGGAAGGAAGGAACUUCAGCAGGUUUGCGAACACCUGGACGAAUCUGCACAAGCGAAAAUGAGCCCGACUCCUAUAUAACCUUGAUCCGGGGUUUUCUCGGGAGAUGUACGAAGUCUCAUCGAGCCUGCCGUUUUGAAGGGACGUACGAGAUGCCAACAAGGGUCAUCGAUGUGGGUAACCAAGGACAGCGUCCGCGACUCGUCAUCACCAGCCCCAGCAUGAAGCAGAACUACCUUGCCUUGUCUUACUGUUGGGGACCUGCUACAGACACCUUUACUCUCAACCGCGACACAAUGGAUGGAAUGUUGAAGGGUGUCGAUGAAUCUCGGCUCGUGGCCGCACAUCGCGAUACUAUAGCCUUAUCUCGACAACUCGGCAUCCAAUAUAUCUGGAUUGAUGCUUUGUGUAUCAUUCAGGGCGACAAGGAUGAUUGGGAGUAUGAAUCAAUGCUCAUGGCUAGGGUCUAUGGCAACGCGACCCUUACCAUCACGGCAGGGAGGUCAGACGACGCUCGCAAUUCCUUCAUCGCCAAUCAAUACAAACAGCAUGCACCCUGUUGCGAGUUUCCCCUGGGGGAUGGCGAACUUGGAACUGUCCUUGUUGGCUCGCUCAGGUCUGGGCAUAAUGGAAACACUGAAACUCGUGGAUGGUGUUGUCAGGAGAAGAGACUAAGCCGUAGGAUUGUCUUUUUCGGCAAGGAGCAACUUAUCUUCAUGUGUCGAAGUUCUGGCUACUCAGAGGAUUACAACUACCAACAAGACAAGAUCAUGUCUCUCCACGGCAUUUUAAACGGGGCUCAUGCUAAUUCACAGAUGAAAAAAGACAGGUUGCUUACGUUCUGGGAUACAGUCUUGGUGGACUUUUCUAAACGUCAGUUGUCGAACCCUCAUGAUAUUUUCGCUGCCCUUGCCUCCAUUGCUGCGCCCAUCUCCGAAGCUCUAGAGUCAAGAUACCUUGCAGGUCUCUGGGAGUGCGACCUCGUUCGUUGUUUAUUGUGGAGGCCUGGUUAUAGGGUCACCAACGCCUUCGGGCCAGCAACUAGACCUUUACCCACCAGGUUUGCUCCCUCUCCGGUCAUCAGGGCUCCUUCUUGGUCUUGGGCUUCCAUCCAAGGCGGCAUUAUGCCUCUGCAACUGCGGCAAUUCCGGAGGAAGGAAACGAGACGUCAGAGUGGAGAGUCAUUCGUAAGGCCAAAACAACAAAAGCCCGUCUUCUGGACAGUAGAUACCCACUGUGGAGCUGAUAAACUACACAUGCCAUCUUGCGAGUUGCAGCUUUUGGGACAGAUCCAAGAAGCUAUCGUCCUCUCGAAAACGCCGUCCAGCGAUUUCAUCGCUUCCCUACUCAAACAGUCUAAGAGGCCAACGAGCAAUAUGCGACGACCAGUUCUUCUCGGACGCAAGGAGUCCAAUGAAGGAAUCCCGAGUAAAGAUAUGUCGCUUUUUGUAGCGCUGGGGAUGUUCGAUUUUGAUAAUGAGAGUACUGAAAAGGUCUGGUGUUUGCAGCUUACACUUGAAGAGGGGUUGAUGCUUUGCCAAAGGGACUAUGGGACGUUCAAGCGUUUAGGACUAUUUCAGCUAUAUCAGAUGGAUUGGUUCGACAACGUGGAGGAGACUGAAGUCAAACUAGUAUAA